AUGUCAGAUGUGAAAAUGGAGUCUCCACAGUGUGAACAGAGGAUCACAAAGGUCUCUCUAGCUGAGAUUCUGAGGUGUUUUGAACAUCCUAUAAGUGAGGAGCAAGCCUGGGCUAUCUGCUUUCAGUGUUGCUGUAAAAUGGAGCAGUUGGCUCAGGAGUUGUACCCACCACUCCAUUCUGUGUUCAUAAAAGGUCCUGGAAGCAUCUUUAUCCACGCUGAUGGUACUGCUUCCUUCAAGGUGUACCACAAGUCUGAUGUUGGCAGCAUUCAGCAGUCAGAGGACAAGCUGUUGGAGUACCUGGGAGUGGUGAUCUAUGAAGCCCUGGACUGGGGAAUCGACAGCCAAGUGGAGCGAGAACUGAGUGAUCCUUUGGAGAAACUGCUGUGCCUCAUGUUGAAACUGGAGGAUGAGGCAGUGAAACCAGCAGUCACGCUGCAGGAUGUUAUCAAGGCCUGUGAGAAGCACUUGUCCAGACCUUCUGAGGCUACCAGACAUUAUGAAAUGACCUGUAGGAGUCUGUUUACUGAAUAUAUGGAACUUCAGAAGCUUGUGACUAUCAUCCAGACCUCCAAAGAGAGUCUGAGAAAAAUGGAUGUGGAAGAUUUGGUGGAAAAUCCCCUUCAGAAGAAGGAAAAACACUGGGCAUCCCUGUGGCCCAAUGUCAUCCGUGAACUGCAGAAUGGUGUGAGGCUGCGCAAGGCUACUGAGCGACCACAGCGUCACAUGCCUCCAAAAGAAUGUAUUCGCUCUCCCUAUGAAUUACUUUUGGAUGAUAUUCAGCACAAGAGGUACACCCUUCGGAAGGUGAUCAUCGAGCAAAAACCCAGGACCCCCAAAGCUGAUGUUGCUGCUCCCAAGCCUCAUCUAAAGCCUGUCCUGGAGAGGAAGCUGAAAGAGUGUGUGCCAUGGGAGUCCAGCUGGCACGAACAGCUCAUGGCAGAAAUAAAACGACCACAGAAGCUUCGGUCAUCAGCAGCAAUGGACAAUGGGAGCAGGCCCAAAGAAAUGCUUGUGUUGCCAAAUAUUGCCUUGAAAUCUCCAAGUGAUAGUUUCUUAACUGUCCAAGAUGCCAGUACUGAGAUUGUCAACACUACAACACAGCAGCUGGGAUCAGGCGUUCGGGAAACCACUCCCAAGCUGCCUUCCAGCACCUGGCUUGCCUCAACCAGGUCAUCAGUAGUAUCCUGCAACAGCACAGGUCUUGCUGCAAAAUGCACAUGUCCUCCCAUGAGUGCACCCACACUAGGAGAAACUAAACCUAAUGGUUUCCUGAAUGCUGGCCAACAGCAGCUGCCUCCUUACAGAGGAAGGUCCAAAUCUUUAGAGAGAGGCCUUCAAAGCAAGGAACUUGACUGUCCCUUUCCUACCAAGUGGCCAUCACCAACCAUUGCUGAGCUGAUUGGAACCAGAUAUGCAAUGAUGGUGCUGGAAGGGCAAGGCUUCUUCCAAGGAGGUAGUGAUGGUGUCUUUCCAAGAGCAAAGAUCUGUUUCAGCUGCCAUAAGCAGAUGUUACUUAAGUGGCCUUACAGCUGUUACCUCUGCAGCAGUGUUGUCUGCUGUGACUGCUGCAUCAAGGCAAGUCUAGUCUUUACAACAAUACAGGUUUUUUACAUUUUCUGUUUUCCCUGCACCUCACCUAGUCAUAGGAAGCUUUCCUUCAUCCCGCUGACACCUCAGAUCUACUCUCUAGCUUGUUUCUAA